AAGAUACAACGAGGUUUCUCAGCAACUAAGGACACUGAAUAGAAGGAAAAAUACUUUUAACACGCUAUUUUCGGAACAUUUUGUUGACAGAUACCCUUUUCUUUUUUUCUUCAAUUACAUACCAAAGUGCGCAUGCGCAGUUAACACCUGAACAGCUCGUUACUGUUAUGCUGCUAAUAUCACAGCUACCUGAGUUAGUGAUAAACACGCUUUUACAAAUCCUUACUAACACUAACGUUUUCAAAAAGGACUUUUCAUAAUGAUCCUCUCACGCGUGAAACCAGCGCUGGGAGGAGAAACAUCAGCGAGCUCCAGUGAAAAGAAGAGGAAAAACAAGACCAAAGUUCCCAGUUUGGAGGAAUAUCUCCAGCAGAGAGAUUACCUGGGGGCUCAGACCUUACUGGAGUUCAAGAGAAGUAUCGGAGAGAAAGAGGAGAAUGCCGACCUCUGGAUCGGCUACUGCGCCUUUCACCUGGGAGACCACAAACGAGCGAUGGAGGAAUACAGAUCUCUGACUGUGAAACCCGAAUGUCCUCCAGACGUGUGGGUGUAUUUGGGCUGCGCCCUAUUUUUUCUGGGGCUCUAUAAAGAAGCUGAGGAGGCUGCGGUGAAGGCGCCCAAGUCGCCGCUCCAGAACCGGCUGCUGUUUCACUGUUCUCACAAGUUUAACGAUGAGAAGAGACUCAUGGGUUUCCACAAGAACCUUGAGGACGUGACGGAGGACCAGCUGAGCCUGGCGUCCAUCCACUACAUGCGCUCGCACUACCAGGAAGCCAUAGACAUCUACAAACGCCUCCUGCUGGAGUCCAGGGAUUUCCUGGCCCUGAAAGUGUACGUGGCUCUGUGCUACUACAAGCUGGACUACUACGACGUGUCCCAGGAGGUGCUGGCCGUGUACCUGCAGAGCAUCCCCGACUCCACCAUCGCCCUCAACCUCAAGGCCUGCAACCACUACCGGGUCUACAACGGCAAGGAGGCCGAGGCGGAGCUGAAGAACCUGAUCGACAUCUCGUCCUGCUCCUUUGAGUUUGCAAAAGAGCUAAUCCGACACAACCUGGUGGUGUUUCGUGGGGGGGAGGGGGCGCUGCAGGUCCUGCCCCCCCUGAUCGACGUGAUCUCUGAAGCUCGGCUCAACCUGGUCAUCUACUACCUGAGGCAAGACGACGUCCAGGAAGCUUACAACCUCAUCCAGGACCUGGUUCCCACCACACCUCAGGAGUACAUUUUAAAGGGAGUGGUGAACGUGGCGCUCGGACAGGAACUGGGAUCAAGGGAUCACUUGAAAAUGGCUCAGCAGUUCUUUCAGUUGGUCGGCGGCUCCGCCAGCGAAUGUGACACUAUUCCUGGCAGGCAGUGCAUGGCCUCCUGCUUCUUCCUGCUAAAGCAGUUUGAGGACGUUCUCGUUUACCUGAACUCAGUCAAGACUUACUUCUCCAACGAUGACACGUUCAACUUCAACUACGCUCAGGCCAAAGCGGCGCUCGGCAACUACAGAGAAGCAGAAGAGCUUUUUCUGCUCAUUCAGAACGAAAAGAUCAAAAACGACUACGUUUACCUGAGCUGGCUGGCGCGAUGCUACAUCAUGAACCAGAAGGGUCAGCUGGCCUGGGAGCUGUACCUGAAGAUGGGCACGUCCUCGGACUCCUUCUCCAUGCUGCAGCUCAUCGCCAACGACUGCUACAAGAUGGGCCAGUUCUACUACGCCGCCAAGGCGUUCGACGGCCUGGAGAAGCUGGACCCGGACUCCAACUACUGGGAGGGAAAACGGGGCGCCUGCGUCGGCGUCUUCCAGCUCAUCCUGGCCAACAAGGAGUCCAGGGAGACGCUGAAGGAGGUUCUGGAGCUGCUGCGUAACUCCGGAAACCCUCAGGUGGAGUACAUCAUCCGAGCCCUGAGGAAGUGGGCCAAGGACAACAGAGUGCUGCUGUCGUGACGCCCGCCCGGCGCUCGGCCCGGCGCUCGGCCCGGCACUCAGCGGGUCACGGCAGGACCGGCGCUCAUCUCUCAUGAACUGGAGGAGGUUUUUAUAAAAACAGCUGCAGAUGUUUGUAUUUAAAUGUGACUUUGAGUUAGUUUGUAUUUGAUGCUUUUAUUGUAUCGUCUCCUUUGAUGGACUGUUUUCGUCAAACGUCAUCAAUCUGCAGAGAAAAAUUAUCAAUAAAAACAUAUAUUUUGAAGAUUGGUGGUAAAUUAGUUUUUAUUUAAACUUUUAGAGCUAAAUGUGUUUGUUAUUGACAACAGAACCUAUAAAAUAUACCAAAUGCCGGUGUGCACGAGGCGACGAACCUCCUGCUCUUUCGUCCCUGAGGACGUUUCACCGUCAUCUGUUUCCUAGAACUGGUUUUAGGAGCUUUGACCUCCGUCAGCUGAUGUCACGCCGACCGUGUUGCUGAGCCCAUGGUUUCCAUGACGACACCACGCACACAGAGAUCUCUCCAGAUUCCUGGGAUAUUUGGACCUGCGGUCCUGCAGAUGUUGAGGUAUUUCACAGCGGGGAACAUUGUGGUGAAUGGUGAACAUCUGUCCAUCUUUCCCUCUGAGUGAUUCCGACUCUCAAUCGCACUUUCAACCUUUCAUGUGCUUUUCUGUGUCGGAUUAUGAAUAAAAUUUGAGUUUAUGAGAUUGCAUUUGGUUUAUAUUCAACUCCUAUAUAUAUAUAUAAGAGGGAGACGGAGUUUUAAACAUCAACACUUGGAAUCAAAGCUUCUCAGGGAUUUUGUCCUAAAUCAAGCUUGAAAAACAACAACAAAACUCUGCCAGAGUUGCAACUUCUGACAUGACGAUAGACAAGCCCUUUAAAGAGAAGCUGACAUGGUGAAUUCAAGUCCAAUCAAAUUAUAAUACCGUGAGAUAUUCAUCCAUUCAUGU